CCCUCAGUCGCUCGCCAGCUCGCGCCGCAGACGGAACUGUGUCUCUCGUAGAUUACCCCCGUUCGUAGUCUCCGACGAACAUAUUUAUAAUUGUUAAAAUAAACUGGUUUUUGUGUUAACGUGUCUCUUUCCUGCCUCCUGCUAACUGGAUCUCCUGUUUAUUCACUGCUAUCGGUUUUCUUUAGUGCAAAAUGUGAUGUUAUGUGUGUUCAACGAGCGUACCGUCCUGUGUAACGUUGCCCAAAGUGAACUCAAUGGAUGUAAUGUGCUUUUAAGUUGAAAACGUUAAUCUUUUUGAUCCUUCGCAGCCGGAUUUUUCUCUGAGAUCCAGAGGAUGACAGUUACUUCCUACGUACAGCUUUCCUGAUCGCUACCCCGUACAUGAUGACGAGACAUCAGGACCCGCUUUGCGAGAGGACGGGUGAACUUCAUGAAAACUAUAAACAGCGAACUUCUAGCACGAAUGCUGUGAAGGCAGUGGAACAAGGCGUCAGAGUCAUGGUGACAGCGUGGCAGGUCAGCCGGCGGGUCGCCAACGUGCUCACAUCCAACGCCUUUAUUGUGGUGCUUAUAUCGUUGGAGCUGCUGGCGUGGCGCAGCGGCGCGGCGGCGCUGGCGAACUGCCCGAGCGGCUGCAGCUGCAACGACGAGACGCUGGUGGUGGUGUGCGAGGAGAGCCGCCUCGACGUGCUGCCCAUCGCGCUCAACCCCUCCAUCCAGCGCCUCAUCAUCCGCAACAACAAGAUCAAAACUAUAGACAGCUCCAUGCAGUUCUACGCGGAGCUGCAACACCUCGACCUCUCCCAGAACCACCUUGUUAACAUCCCCACUAAAAGCUUUGCUUACCAACGGAAACUACAAGAGCUCCAUUUAAAUCAUAACAAGAUAUCGUCAGUGACUAACACGACAUUCCAAGGCUUGAAUGCCCUGACGGUCCUCAACUUAAAACGAAAUUUCCUAGAGGAGCUGACGAACGGGGUGUUCUCUACUUUGCCAAGAUUAGAGGAACUGAACCUUGGUCAGAAUCGGAUAUCGAGAAUCGAACCGAAAGCAUUCGCCGGUCUCACUGCUCUGAGGAUCCUGUACUUGGAUGAUAAUCAGUUGAGCUCCGUGCCCACGAUGUCCUUUAGUCUAUUGGGAAGCCUGGCCGAACUUCACGUGGGUCUCAACGCAUUCUCGUACCUGCCUGAUGAUACCUUCGCAGGCCUGAACCGCCUGGCUGUGCUUGACUUGAAUGGAGCCGGACUUUUUAACAUUAGCGAGAAUGCAUUCAGAGGCCUUCCAGGUCUUAGAAGUUUAAAUCUCUUCGGGAAUAGAUUGAGCGUAGUACCCACGCAGCAAAUAGGUGGACUUACGAGAUUGGAGGAGCUGUACAUAGGCCAGAAUGAUUUCAUGGCGUUAGAAAGCCACUCCUUCAAAGGCUUGAAAAAUCUGAAACUCUUAGACAUUACUGGUGCCGCCCAGUUAGAGAGAGUCGAGAAAGGAGCUUUUGAGGACAACAUAAACUUAGAGACUGUCGUACUGGCUAAUAAUAAGAAAUUAUCAGUGAUAGAGGAAGGUACUCUACUCGGCUUGCCUAAGCUGAAACAUGUUACUCUUAGAGACAACGCCAUCGCCUCGAUCAGUGAAACUGUGUUCGUCGGAAAAGAACUGAGACAGCUGGAUAUCACCGACAACCCUAUCGUCUGCGACUGCCAACUUCUUUGGCUGCACGAAUUAUUGAACGAGAAGAGCAACUUUACUCAAAUCCAAUGCGCGGAGCCACUGCACCUGAAGGACAAGUACUUGCGCACUAUCACCGCCGACGGUCUGGGCUGCGCCGUUCACGACACGCGGCAGCAGACCAUCAUAUGCGUCGUAGUGGUCGCCUGCGUGGCUUUCCUGGCGUCGCUCGUCCUGGUGCUAUAUCGCUACCGCAAGAGCAUGCACGAGAAGCUCAAGGACUACAAGUGGAACAAGCGCGCCAUGCGCAAGGACUUGGAGUACCACAAGCCCAUCUCCACCGAGGAGGACUGCAUCCUAGAGCUUUACGCCUCCCCCAGCGUGUUCUUCAUGUCGGGCCCUGCGGGCUCGGCGCGGCGCGCGCGGGGAGGCGGCGGCGGCGGCACGCUCCCCGCCAACGGCUUCACGUACAUCGGCGGCGAGCGCGCGCUUCCCGCGCCGCUCACGCUCAACAACGGCGCGCCGGCGCUGCUCAACAACGGCUCGCUGCGCUCGUUGCCCGACAAGAAGAACAACCGCAACGGCUUCGUGUGCCACGAGAACUUCCCGCGCGCGGACCGCUACUCGCGCAAGCAGGAGAACGGGUACAUGCGCAACUCGGAGACCGUCAUCGGGUUCCCGCGGCCGCGCGACUACGACGACUACAGCGAGCCCGAGUACUCGGUGAUCGCGGAGGCCGAGCGCGACUACCGCUCGUGCGCGCACUCCAACACCUUCAACUGUUGAGCCCGGGCUGGGGGGGCGUGAACUUUCAAUCGUUUGUGAUCUUGUAAUUCUAGCAAUAAAUCUUCAUUCCAUUAAGUUUUUCUACGGAGGACUCGCGACGGACUUAGUGUAGCGGUUAGUGACGUGUAGAACUUCGGGAUCGGUGUACGUGCGACCAGUGAGGACUAUGUAUCGUAUUCGGUUUAAGAGAGUACAUUAUUUGUAAAUUUUAUCUUUAAGUAGUGACGGAUCUAUUUUUCGAUGGGUCGGAGGGGCGGUUGGAAGUGAAACUUUCAUGAGAACGCCCGUCUGUACAGACUAGUCGCAUGCGGCAAGCGCCGCUGCCACGUAAGGCCGCCUUUGCACUUUUACGUUUUGCAUAAUGCGGGCCAACCCGCAAAAAAUGGAACGUGGUCUCUGAGUGAGAGAUGAAUAUUGUUUUCUCAUUCCAGCAUCUGCGUUUCAACUCGAGCAAAUAAAACCUAAAAGUGAAAAGACGGGGUGAAUAAGUACAUCAUCAUCUAUGUGAUUCAAAAGUAUCCUACCCGUAGGUAGAGUACUUUGUAUUUGUUUUGUACAAAAACCAUUCCAUGAGAAAGUCUUUUUAAUGUGUAAUUUUUUAUUUAUAACGAAUAAAUUAAGUGUGCGUUAAAUAAGACACCAAUAUGAAUGAUAGGUAACCUAUUAUAGGAUUAAUAAAUGUAAAUAUAUUUAUACUAUAUUGAGAUAUUUAUAAAAUUUAAUACGAUCUUAUUCUUCUUAAAUUUUCAUAAAAUUAUUUCUGUAUUUCACAUAAGGUCGACGGGGAUAAAAUCAACUAUGGAGUUAUUGUGUCUAUUUCUUAUUUUUUGGCAACAAGAUCUCUUGUAAUUCAAGUGGUUAGAACUGAAAUAGACGUAAUGAUCGCCUAGUUGCAUUCGCCCUGAUCGUGUUUACAUUAGUAUGACUAGUUUGUUUGCUAUGGACUGGUAUCGUAUUUCCUCCUCACUAUUGUUAAUACACCGUAUUUCAUAUUGUGUAGGUACGGCAGCACCCACUUCUUAUCUGUAUGUCUCACCUUUCGCUCAAAUCUCACAAACGCAUGAAAUGACCUACUUAAGUUUCAGUGAAAAUAUAUGAGUUGUAAAAUGGGGUGACUUGGGAACGACGGGACUAUAAUUGCCCACAUGAAGUACCUAAAUAGCACAAAUUACCAAGAAUGUCGAAACAAAGUACAAAAUAAAUGCCACAAAAUAUCGAAUGUCAUCUAUGUCACCCGAUUUUCCUGUACAUAUUUUCAUGACACAACGAUUAUUUGUUACUAUUUAAGUUUUGCAUCAUUUUUAGUCAUUGCCAUUACAGUAAUUAAUUAUGUUAUAAUAAAAUAUGUAAUCUAUAAGAGAUGUUGAUAUUUAAAUCAGCUACAAUAAGUGUGCUACUGAAAGCAAUACAUAAUAUUAAAACUGUUAUAGAUAUAUUUCACAAACUUAUAAAGGCUAGUAUCAAUAAAUUGACAACUUGUAAAUAUUCCCCAUUUCGUAUCUUUUCGUCUAAAAGCAAACUGUGGGGAUAUACAAUAUUAUUAACAGAAACUAGCGAUUUUUGCAAUUUGUGUGUCAGGUGUCAGCUUACGAUGGAAACAGCACUAAAUGUUGACACAGGGAUUACCAUAAUGGUUUUGCUGACAGCCUUUGCCUAUCAUUAUUUAAUUCAUAAAAGUUGUGUCUGUGAAAAAAAGUUUUAUAUUUAUUAAUACUAGCCUAACCAUAGUCUGAUAUUUUUAAAGCACUAGAAAUAUUAUGUUAUACUAUGCGCUAGAUGCCCUGCCAUGUUGAUAUAUCGGAAGACAACACAAGAAAUUAAUUGACUUGUUUGAACGUAGGUACAAUUUUUGGAAACCGAGUUUAUUUCAUGCAUAUUUUCAAUGUAACACAGGGUCUACUAAGAAAUUCAAAUAUCGAACGAAUUUUUGCUGUUCGAAUUUCGAAAUUCAGAGUUGCUGUCUGUUUAGACUUAAAAUUCGUUGAAUUCCGAAUGCGGAACGAAAUAAGAGUGACUUCCUUAAAUUAAUGAAUUGACAAACGUCAGUUCUCAGAAGUCAGAACUUUAGCAAACAUGAAAAUUUGAAACUUAUAAAAGGAAAUUAGACAGUAAAAUCAACUACAUAUAUGUUAUUAUGAUAUUGGAAAGAACAAUCCAUACACAGUAUGCUGCUAUCAAACGCGGUACAGAGUUAGCUUAGCCUGUAUUAAGCAAAAAUAUCACUACUUUUAAUCAGAAUCAGAUCAGUAUUUUCAAUACAUUUUCUGUUUGCUUAAGUUCUACUGAUCAUUUGAACUUUUUCUACUCCAAAAAUGUAUGUACUUAACUUUAAAAACUUUUCUCUAACUUAACGUCGAAACUUGAUCUUAUGGUUGCGUAUGUUCUUAUUCAUACUUCUUGUAAAUAUCGAGAAUAUAAAGACUAAGAUUAGUGGGCAUGCGUUCGUGCCUCGUGGAUGCCUAAAGAUGUAUACAAGUAAAUGAAUACAUAUGAAAAAUUGUGAUUAGUGUACAUAACAUUAUCUACACGACGUAAUAGAAUCAUCGGUCAUUUUCUGUAUUUUAUUGUAGUUAUUACCUACAUACAAACUCGAUAAAUAUAACAUACCUCAAAUUUA